ACAGCUGACAUUUGACAAUUACUUGUUAUUUGUUAAAUUAUUCACAAUUGUUCAAUAAGCAUUAUUUACCUUAUAAUUCCAUUUAUAAUUAUAAUUUAUGAUCUCAACUGAAGCUAUUAGCUCGCCUAAUCAGAUAUUAUGUGCAGCUACUGAUAGUGAUAACACCACUGGCUUAUACAUAAAAUGUAUAUUUAUAUAUUUAUAUUUGUAUUCAUUAUAUUAUCACCGCAAAUAAUAGCGAUGGUUCCUACAAUUAUCGUUCAUGGCGGAGCUGGGGAUAUUCCUGGGAGUAGGGUAGAAGGAAAAUUGAAAGGUGUAAAACUUGCAGCAGUUAUUGGACAGAGAAUAUUGUCUGAGGGAGGUAGUGCUCUAGAUGCUGUAGAGGCUGCAGUUGUUUCAAUGGAAAAUGAUGAAUAUUUUAAUGCAGGAUAUGGAUCCGUUUUAAAUUUACGUGGAGAAGUUGAAAUGGAGGCUAGUAUAAUGUGUGGAAAGGAUUUAAAUGUUGGCGCUGUAACUUUGAUUAAAGAUUUCUUACAUCCCAUAAGUAUAGCUCAUAAAGUUCUGACUGAUUCCCCACAUUCAUUACUGGGCGGCGAAGGAGCAAAAUUAUUUGCACUUGAGAAGGGUUUUUCACCUGUUCCUCCAGAAUCUUUAAUAAGUGAACAUGCCAGGGCUGCUUUAAAUUCUUUCUUGGAACAUGGGGAUUUUGGUAGGACUGAAAUCGGAAUGGACACUAAAAGUGACGUAGGGACUGUAGGUGCAGUGGCCCUUGAUUGUAAUGGUCAUAUAGCUGUAGCAACAAGUACUGGAGGUAUGAGUGGUAAGGCUGUUGGUAGAAUUGGAGAUACACCACAAAUAGGAAGUGGUACAUACGCCGAUGAUUAUAUAGGAGGAGUCUCUACAACAGGACAUGGUGAAACCAUACUGAAAUACUGUCUGGCCCACAGCAUUAUAAAGCUUAUGGAAAAUGGUAAAGAUGCAAGUACUGCUACUAAAAUGGCAGUGGAAGGGAUGACAAAAAGACUAAAUAACACCGCGGGAGCGAUAACUUUGUCCAAAAAUGGCGAUGUUGGUAUACAUUUUAGUUCACAACGAUUGGCCUGGGCAUACAUAAAAUCAAAUAAAUUAUUUUACGGUAUUAACCAUGAUGAAGUGUUUGAGGACGAUGUUUCUUUGUAAUUUAUAUAAAAAAGAGCUCAAAUCUUAAAAUAUAUACAUAUAUUUUUGUAUGUUUUAUAAAAUUUAUUAAAAA